AUGGCUGCAUUCUCAAGUCAUGGUAAACUUGACAUUUUGAAACGUAAGGUGCAAAACGUAAAAAAGAAGAAUCUCGGCCCAUCUUCAGACACGAGCAGCUUUUUAAACCCCUCAUUGAAUGCUAUUAAUCGUCGUUCAUCUUUAUGUGAAGUAUGUCCCUCGCCUGCGAAAUCGCCGGGCCGCAACUCGAUGGUAGACUUCAGUCGGAAUGGACUGAUAACACCUCCAGCUGCAGUUCCAAUUUUCGGAGAUGACAGUACGUCGUUCGAUUCAAGAAGUACUUGGAUAACACUGAAUAGAAAUUCGUCAUCUAACUCGUUAACUUGUGAGAGACAUGGAAGGUUAGAAUCUCCAGUUGCUUCUCGCGCGCAUAGCAUCAUAUCAUCUGGCUUUGGCUCAACAAGCUCAACUAUUACCAACAGUCUGGAUCGCGCAUCUAUUGCACACACUCUUUCUUGUGAACAACUGUUAAGCAAAAUGAAUGAUCUACGUUUGGAACUGGCACAGAAAGAUGCAAAAAUUAGUGAUUUACAUGAUUAUAUUGGGAAGUUGCUGGCGAGAAUCAUAGAAAAAGAUCCAGAAAUAUUAGAAAUUGAAUCACCUGCUGGUAUUUUCUCCAACAAUACUUGA